GUUUGUUAAAAUUCACAUACUAACAUAGGCCCAUUUUAUAUAAAAAUCAUCCAAGCAUCAAAAUAUGCAAUUAAAUAGAGUCCAUGUCAACACUAAAACCCUAAGCGGCGCUCGUCUUCGCCUCUCUCUCUUUCUCUUAUCUCCGGCCUCUCUCCCUCGGACGUCAUUGAGGUUUUUGUCAUUCUUUGGAAAAUUUUCAAUUUAAAGGAUAAAGAGUAAGCGAUGGUUCAGUACAAUUUCAAGAAGAUUACUGUUGUUCCCACGGGCAAGGAGUUCAUUGACAUCAUUCUUUCUCGUACACAACGCCGAACCCCCACCCAAGUGCACAAGGGAUAUGCUAUUUCACGUCUUCGGCAGUUUUAUAUGCGCAAGGUGAAGUUCACCCAGCAGAAUUUUCAUGAGAAGCUUUCAACAAUUAUUGAUGAUUUUCCCAGGCUGAAUGACAUCCAUCCUUUCUAUGGUGACUUGCUACAUGUUCUUUAUAACAAAGACCAUUACAAGCUUGCCCUGGGCCAAAUUAAUACUGCAAGGAACCUGAUUGGUAAGAUUGCUAAGGACUAUGUCAGAUUAUUGAAGUAUGGGGAUUCUCUCUAUCGCUGUAAGUCACUGAAGGUUGCUGCCCUUGGGCGUAUGUGUACUGUUAUUAAAAGAGUUACUCCUAGUUUGGCUUAUCUUGAGCAGAUAAGACAGCACAUGGCUAGAUUGCCUUCCAUUGAUCCAAAUACUAGAACUGUCUUGAUCUGUGGGUAUCCCAAUGUGGGCAAGAGUUCAUUCAUGAACAAAAUCACGAGAGCUGAUGUUGAUGUACAGCCAUAUGCUUUUACUACAAAGUCGCUGUUUGUUGGUCAUACAGACUAUAAGUAUCUGAGGUAUCAAGUGAUUGACACUCCUGGGAUUUUGGAUCGGCCUUUUGAGGAUCGUAAUAUCAUUGAGAUGUGCAGCAUUACAGCUCUUGCACAUCUGAGAGCUGCAGUGUUGUUUUUCCUUGAUAUCUCUGGUUCUUGUGGAUAUAGCAUUGCUCAGCAGGCUGCUCUCUUUGACAGCAUCAAGUCCUUGUUCAUGAACAAGCCCCUGAUCAUUGUCUGCAAUAAGACUGACUUGCAGGCAUUGGAAGGGCUUUCCGAAGAUGAUACGAAACUGGUCAUGGAGAUGAAGGCAGAAGCUAUGAAAACUCUAGUGGGCCAAGGGGGUGAAGCCACAGAUGGUAGUAAUGUGCUCUUGACUAUGAGUACUUUGACUGAGGAAGGAGUAAUUGCUGUAAAGAAUGCUGCUUGUGAGAGGCUAUUGGAUCAAAGGGUGGAACAGAAAAUGAAGUCUAAAAAGCUGAAUGACUGUCUGAACCGCUUCCAUGUUGCCAUACCUAAGCCGCGUGAUCAGAAGGAAAGGCCUCCUUGUAUUCCUCAAGCUGUUUUGGAAGCUAAAGCUAAGCAAGCUGAGGAGGAUGCAGAGAAGGAGAAGAGGAAGCUGGAGAGAGAUCUUGAGAAUGAGAAUGGAGGUGCAGGUGUGUACUCCGCCAGCUUGAAAAAGCGCUAUAUUCUUGCGCAUGAUGAAUGGAAAGAGGAUAUCAUCCCAGAAAUUCUUGAUGGACACAAUGUAGCGGACUUCCUUGACCCUGAUAUAUUAAUGAGACUUGAGGAAUUGGAGCGAGAAGAAGGUGCUCUCCAAGGACUGGAGGAAGAUGAUGAUUUUGAGAUGGAUGGUGCUGAGCUGACCCCUGAAGAACAGGCUGCACUUGCAGAGAUCAGGAAGAAGAAAAGUUUGCUUAUCCAACAGCAUAGAAUUAAAAAGAGUACUGCUGAAAGCCGACCAACUGUUCCUAGAAAAUUUGAUAAAGACAAACAAUUUACAUCUGAAAGAAUGGGGAGACAGUUAUCAUCUUUAGGACUUGAUCCAUCAAUGGCUAUUAACCGAGCUCGUAGCAAGUCUAGGGGUCGUAAGAGGGAGAGGUCCUCUGACAGGGUGGACUCCAUGGAUGUUGAUGGCGAUCAACAAAAUAAGAAAAUGCGUUUGAAGUCAAGAUCAAUGUCGAGGUCAAGGUCGAAGUCAAGACCACCAGGUGAAGUUGUCCCAGGAGAGGGCUUCAAAGAUUCUGCUCAGAAAAAGAAGGCUAUUAAGAUUGCUAAAAGUUCAAGCAAAAAUAGGAACAAGGAGGCUCGUAGAGGAGAAGCAGACAGAGUCAUACCAACUCUCAAACCAAAACACUUGUUUUCUGGCAAGAGGUCAACUGGAAAAACAGAUAGGCGUUAGUGAAAUCAAGGUCAUGAAUGCUCAUUGUUCUGUUGUAUGCUGUUGCGUGACAGAAGUUCUGUGGCUAAUGUGUCCUCAACUAGAGUUUGUUUGUUUUGGUUGAUGAAAAUUUUGCCCCUUAUGUUUUGACUUGUUUUAUUUUUACGCAAUUUGUUAGGAUGAUGAUAAAUGAAGGUUUUGACCAUUAUAUUUUGAUUUUGAUACUUGUUAUAGUAAAAAAAACAGAUGAAUGGUGUGAGUUAUUUAUUUGAUUGUGGCGUUUAUAAGUAUAAGAUCAUAGUGUUGAUGCAGCUGGCCGAGGUGAUUGGCUAAAGUAAUGCCUCUCAGCAAGUUAACAGCUGCACAUAUUAGAAAUUUAAUGGUACAACAACCAGCUCUCGUCUCCCAGAGUUGCGGUGGCAAGAUAGAGAGUGCCGUACAUAUCCCCUUUUUUCAUUUUUUUUACUUUAAAUUGUUUGGAUAUGCGUAAAUUGGUGCGCGGGGACUAAAUUUAUGAUGUUUGUUUUUAUUUUGGUAGGGGAUAAAAUUGAAUUCAGAUACCAAAUCUAGUUUUUUUAUUGAUAGGGUUUAUAAUCACUGGUUUGUUGCCCUUUAUUUCGUUUGUAAUGGUUUAGUGAAACCAUUCAGUGAAACUAAAUUUAGUUGUAUAGGUUAGAAAAUGGUCUGUUGAAUUAUGCAAAUAUGUAGCCAAUUGUUAGUUCAUUUUUAUGGACAAACUACGAAUUUGCACAGGCAAGAUAACUUGGUUCUCAAAUACGUUUGUACAGAAAUUGGUUCAAAUAACAUGUAUUCCACUUAUUUUUUCUA